GUGGCUACCUGGUUUGAUGAUUCGUUAGUUUCGAUUCGUUCUUUCGUGAAUGACGCGCCUCUACUUCUUGACAUUGUGCCAAACCAGUUACUCGUGUGUGCAACAAUAUGUUGUUGAUUUUUCCCGAAGAAGAAGAAGCGGUCGCGCCACAGAUGUUUGAAGAAGCUAAAAUCAUACCCGAUGUUAUUAGUACUCGGCCGCCAUACAUUGCGGAGUUCAGAUAUCGUGACCAAAUCGUCAAUUUGGGAACUGAAUUGACCCCAACUCAGGUUAAAGAUCCUCCAACUCACCUCUGCUGGCCUACUGAGGAAGGUGCUUUAUAUACUGUGUGCUUGACAGAUCCAGAUGCCCCUAGUCGUGCUAAUCCGAAGUAUCGCGAAUGGCAUCAUUGGCUUGUAGUUAACAUUCCUGGAACAGAAGUAUCUGAUGGGAUAGUUAUGUCGGAGUAUGUUGGAGCUGGUCCCCCUCAAGGCACAGGUUUUCACAGAUAUGUGCUCAUGAUUUACAAACAACCUGGGCCUAUUAAUCCAGAUGAAAAGCGAUUAACUAACACAUCAGGAGAUCAUCGUGGAAACUUCAAGAUUUCAAAUUUUGCAAGGAAAUACAACUUGGGUGAACCUGUGGCUGGUAAUUUUUUCCAGGCAAAGUGGGAUUCCUAUGUUCCGAAACUUUAUGAACAGCUUGCUGGAUAGACUUAAUGCCUUGUCCAGCAAGAUUGUUUAAUACUUUGUCUCUACUUAUGUUUAUUGUUAUGUGCACGUGAAAAUCAUAUGAGUUCACAAACUGUCUGUAGUAGAUUCAAUUCUAUAGAUGAAAAGAUCUGUAAAUUACAUUUUGAAUGUUGUACACUUUUUAUUUUAUUGUAUCCUUUAACCCCUUCCGGCACGGGUCAUUAAAAUGUUUAAAAUAUACUGAAAAAAAAAAACAAUCAAUGUGAUUAAUAGGUUGUAUACACAUGGAUUUCGCAGUCAAAAAUUUUUUUUAACUUGACUCCUUUUGCAGGGGGUGUUGUCCUCAAAUGAGAACAUUGCCCGUCUAGAGCAAUUUCUGUGUAAAAAUAAUCUUUCGAAAUAUUUGCUUAAAUUCCUUAUGGCAGCAGCAGUAAUUAUGAAUACUUUAGGUUUAUAAACGCAUUCAUUCAUGUUCUGGGUAAUCUGAAUCAUUUAAGAUAUUAAAUAUACAAAAUAUAUAUUUACAACAGAAAUUCUAAACUAAAUCUUAUAAAUAAAUAAAAAAGUAUCUGAUUAAAAUGAUAAAAAUAAAUAUUUACUAUUAAAUUUCAUUAAUUAAUGAAAUGAAAAAUAUCAAAUAAGAAACGAAAUUAAAUAUAACUUAUUAUUUGGCAUGAACUUUCUCAAAGCAUGUGGGAGUGUAUUUUCGUGUAACCCAGAAUGAGAAGUUAUUGUUUUGCACAUUGUUCGAGUUUUGUGCACAUUUUUUUAUACUGCACAGCAAAUGUUUUCGAAGGGGAUACUUGAUGGGCAUAUAUUGAACAUUCUUUUUAUCUUUCGCUGGACAAUUUUUACAUGCUGGAUGCUAUAAUAAUAAUGAAAAAAAGUUAAUAAAAAACUAUGGCUAUAUAAAAUUAAAUAUGUGCAGAACAUGAGGGUGAAACAUAAGUAGCAGUCUAGGAAAAAAGGGGGGGGGGGCAAAUGUUAAAUGUGAAAUGUCGUUUGAUUCAAACAUGGCUUUCCUUUUCUCGAAUCCGAAGAUAAAUUAACAAAACUCCCACCGAACACAGAGUCAAUAUCACAUCCUUCUCUGCAAAGUAUCAAAUUACACUUUUCACUAGAAGAGAGGCGAAUGAAGAAACAGACAUCCUAGACGGGCAGUGUACUCAAAUGAGGACAUCUGUGAAUCAGCUAAUUUGACUUGUACUUAAAUUAAUUUCAAGAUUAAGCAAAAUUAUUAUUUAAAAUCUCAUGGAUACUGUUGGAAAGUGGGUGAUUGAUUUUAAUAAAAUUUAAUUUCUUAAAAAAUUCCCAAAUUUGAAGCAAAAAAUCUGAGUAUUUUUAACAUAAAAAGAAACAAAAAAUUGCUCAGGCUGCCAUCUAUUUUUCUAAAAUUAAACUAAAUGCUACUUUUUCCAGCAAUUUUUGGUAUUUUAAAGCCAAUAGUUUUUUUAUAGAAAAUUUUAAAUUUGGCGUCCUGUUUUGCGACCACCGCUCCGGAAAGGGUUAAACAAAUACGUAUUUUUGUUGUUCGCAUUUUGUUUUGUUCAAAUAUAUUUCUUAUUUGGCAAUGUAGUCUCAUUAAAAAGUUUUUAUUUAAAACUGA